AUAAAAUAUUUCAAAGACAGACGGGAAUCAAAAGGUUCCAAUUCCUUUAUGGUCAAUAGCCCUUAACGAGUAAUAAAAUUCCUGGUAGUGCCGUUUCAACCAACAAAAUUUAAUGGUCAACAGUCACUCCCACAUAACGUCUCUUUGGGUGGAUUGGCCGUUGUUGAAAUUAUGAAAAGUGCCUUCGUAUAUGAUGGCUGCGGCCCGAAGAAACCCAGAAAUAGUGACCUGUGGAGAAGUAAAAAGUUAGACAAGAGCUUGAACACUUCUACUAAGAGCUAUUCUGUUCUUGUCAGAAGAAAUAUGACUCGCUUUAUAAAUCCCACUCCAGGUGGACACGUGGCUCUGCGCGCAACUGCAGAGCAUCAGACUACUUCAUCGACGUUUGAGACAGGCCAAGACACUAUUACGCGAAUUGAUGAAGUUCGGAAAGAACCGAAUGUUGUCGAAUCACAGGAAGAGUUGCUUCAAGUGAAGGAGCUUUACGUUCCGUUGGAAAAGAAGGAAGAGACCAUCUUAGAAGCCGAAGAGUUGGUCAAACUAACUUUGUCGGAGUUGGAUCUGCAGUGGCUACACGUAUUAGCCGACGGUUGGGCUGCGCCUCUCGAAGGAUUUAUGAAGGAAGACGAGUAUCUUCAAAGUUUGCACUUUAGUACUUUGAGGCUUAAAGAUGGUACAAUUGUGAAUCAGUCUAUUCCUAUUGUUCUUCCUAUUUCAAAUUCAGACAAAGAAAGAAUAGGAACAGAACGGAAAGUAGCCCUUUGUCACCCUGACUUUCCCGGUAAACCUGUCGCAGUACUUCGAAAUAUCGAAAUAUUUCAUCAUCAUAAAGAAGAGCGUUGUGCCCGAACUUUUGGGAUUACCGAUCCAAGGCACCCAUACACGAGUGUUAUAUAUGAGUCGGGGGAUUGGUUGGUAGGUGGAAAGUUAGAAGUUCUCGAACGUAUCAAAUACGGUGAUGGACUCGACAGUUAUCGUUACUCACCACGCCAACUGAAAGAAGAAUUUCGAAGACGAGAAGCCGAUGCUGUGUUUGUAUUCCAGUUGAGGAAUCCUAUUCACAACGGUCACGCUCUCUUGAUGAACUCAUGUCGAGAAAAGCUUCUUCAAAAAGGUUUUAAGAAACCUUUGCUACUGGUUCAUCAGAUUGGUGGCAAAGUAAAAGAUGACGAUGUUCCUCUUGAUAUUCGAAUUGCCCAGAAUGAAGCCAUUCUUGAAGAGGGAAUUUUAGAUCCUCAUAAUACUAUUAUUGGAAUUUUUCCAAGCCCUAUGAUUUAUGCAGGCCCUAAGGAAGUACAGUGGCACGCCAAAGCACGAAUGAACGCAGGUUGCAAGUUUUACAUUGUAGGAAGGGAUCCUGCUGGAAUGAAACAUCCUGGCACGAAUCGUGAUAUGUACGAUCCUUGGCAUGGAAAGAAGGUUUUAAUGAUGGCGCCUGGUUUGGAAAAACUUGAAAUACUACCCUUCCAGGUAGCUGCAUACAACUUAAAGAGUGGAGGCAUGGAGUUCUUCGAUUCUUCCAGACCUGAAGACUUUCUUUUCAUUUCGGGAACAAAGAUGCGGAAGUUUGCAUCUACUGGUGAGGAACCACCUGCUGGCUUUAUGGGCAAGAAGGCUUGGGAAAUAUUGGCUUCGUACUAUCAAAAUAAACGAGAGGAUACGCCACCGCAAAGUCGGUAAACAAAGGACAUUUCCAUUUUUUUCAGGUGAUGAGAAAAAUAACGAGAUACCUAUUAACAUUUUUCUUAUAACCUGAUUGAUAAUAAAAGUUUUCAUUUUUUGGCGAGUCCCAUUUUCAUGGCACCCUUAUUUGCU